GGCGGGAGCCGACAUGGAGGCCAUGCCGCUCCCCUUUUUUCCCCCUUCACGCCCUUCACACCCUUCACACACAUCGCUAACCCCGGCCCCCCCUCCCUGCUUGCCCUCACUUUCCCUCCCGUCGAUCCAAGUAAGGGCGCUUCCUCCAGUGCUCGGCGAUGACGGAAUCGGCCCUGAGACGCCCGUACCUGUACAUUCAUAUUCAUCCGGCUUAUUUUCGCCGCCCCCAACCAACUUGUUAAAACCCCCAUCCAGCCCUAAAAGCUUGUACAUACGUGCGGGGCAUGUGAGACGAGACAGUGCUAGCGACGAACCUCUGCAGAUUCCGAAGUCCGUGUGUGUUACUUUCACCCGUGACACUCACCCCCUUUUUUUUCCCCGCGAGUCUGAGUCGGAUCCGGAUUGAGAACCCGAGAUAUUUUUGAGAGGUUGGCAACGGUCGGCGCCAUGUUUAUUACACUCCGGACAUCAGGAGCGCAAAAUGAGGCGGGAGGAGGGAUGGAGCAGGUCGUGCGACGCAACGCGGGCCCCAACGGUGUGAAAAAUCGCGUCCGUCCUACCCGACGCCCAGCCUGUGUCGCGUGUCAGACGAAAAAGCUACGGUGCACUGGCAGCCCCCGCAACUGUGACCGCUGCAGAGCCAGAUUAGUCGAAUGCGUCUUUCCGGGGAAUAGUGGCAGCCAGGACGACCACCGCACGCAUUCGUCACGGCCUAGCAGUUCCUCCAGACUCGAGUGGCAGAAACUGUCGGAGGGGCCUGUGAGUGUGACCCAGCAGCAGGGCGAUCUCUCCCGCGACUCCACCUCAUCGGGGGAUGGGGCGGACGGGCCGACCCUAGAUUCCUCAUCUGGGUUGCAGCAGCAACAACAACAACACCAACAACAGCAGCAGCAUCAGCAGCAGCAGCAACAACAGGCGCAGCAGCAGCAGCAGCAGACGGGUGUCACAAGCCCGAUAGCCCCGGUCGGCGUUGAUACGCUGGAGGGCGACUUCUUCGACUACGUCAUUGAUGGGUUAGACAUCGAUAUAGACGAUCUUGGCCAAGACGGUGCCCCUGUCGGGGUUCGGCCGAGCGUAACUUCUCUCCAUAGCGGAAGCAGUGAAAGUUCGGGCUAUCAACCGAACAAGUCCCCCCAAGAGCCACCCUACGACGCCCUGGGAUCCUACUUAUCUGGCGCCUUGGCCGCCCAAGGAAAGUGCUCCGUCACACAAGCACAGUCCCAAACGGCCCCCGAAACGACUGCCCAGGAAUUACCGAGCAUGCUUGCGCUGGACGCUGGGCCGCUAUCUCCGGCCCAAUCUUGGGCCUUGUCGGGUGUCCCAUCCCAGCCAAAUCCGAAUCGGUCCGGCUCACCGCCAUGCUCGUGCCUGAGCGACCUCGUCCGCGUCGUGCAGCAGCUCGACGAUGACGAGUUCCACAUCACGACCAUGUCACUGGACCAGGUCCUGCAACUCCAGAAAUGGCUCGUUUUCCAGUGCUGCAAACCCCUGGACUGCCCAAAGUGUCUUGACCUGUCGACCAUCCACACGGUGCGCCUCAUCCUCUGCGACCGGCUGACCGAGAUGUUCGAGUGCAUCCACAAGCGCGUCAAGAGCGCGAGCGCCAUCCUUACCGGCCAAAACAGCGACGCCAGCAGCCACUCGGCGUCAUCGCAGUCACCCGACUCCCACUCGUCACACCAUUCUCUCCACUCCACAACGCAGCCCCCAACCGCGGCAGUUGGCUCCGGCCCGUUGCCGGCUCAGCUCUUCUGCAGCUCCUCGGGCCGUGCCGCCAACACGGCCGCCUGCAACCCAUUAAUGUUCUCGGACGAGUUCCGAAACCAGUACUCCGACGAAGAGCAGGUUCACAUGAUCCGCGUGCUCUUGCGGCUCCAGAUUAGGAAUUUCCAGAAACUCCUUUUGCGAGUCGAGCGGACCAGCCAGACGGUGGCGAACCAGGCCCGCCAGUCAAAGGUCAAGUCGAUGAUGGUACGCCUUUCGAAGGCCGGGGGGGAUAUUGAAGGGGCCUUACGUAUUGUCUUUCAAGCAUUGUCGAUUGGGUGAGUGAGUGAGUGAGCGGGUGACGAAAACACGAAGAGGAAGGCGUUUGAAGGGGGGCGUUUAGCUGUGUAUAUACUUGGAUGGAACUCGACCCUCACGCCCCUACGGCUCUCUUCUAGACUACGUAGAUUGCUGUACAUUAGCACAUCUGGUCAAAGAUCAACAUUUAGUGGUUCCGAACUUGAAAACCUCAAGGUUGCAAGACAUCCAUUCAUUCAUUCA